AUGGAGAGAGCAGCGGACACCAUGACCCGUCUUUCGCCCGUCUCUGCCAGCAGUCAUUCUUCAUGUGGGAAGCAGUGAGGCCUGGGCCCUGAAUAGCCUGAAACAAAACCAAAAGUAACCUUUGUGUCCGGAAGAGAAGCUCCACUGACACAGGGAAGAGUAACACACACACACACCCCCCCUGAGAGUGGCACUCCGGACAGGCAAAGCACCAGGUAUACCUGCACCUAUUACAGCUGGGAUGUGUCGGGACACUGCUUGUAGGAUAUCUGUGUUUUGGGAUAAAGGGAUAGAUAGGGGUUAAAGGUCCCAGCAGUUGGUUUAAAGAGACCAGGAAGAAGUACAGGACAUUGUCAGGCUUGUAUUUAUCUCAGGGCCUUAUGGUUCAGCAGAGAAAACCCACAUCAUUAGUGCCAUAGAAAACCAACUUGGAAUGUGUGGAUCCUCGACACCAAGGUAAGGUCUGGAAGAGAACCUUAAAAUGUAAUCUACCAAGAAUUUUAGAUUUGAGUAAGGCAGAAACAAAUAUACUCACUAUAUGCUUCUUUUUCCUGGCUGGAGACAGAUCACUUCUUAUUGUCAGGCAGCACAUGAAAAGUGUUGUCAUGUGGAAUAUUAAUUCAUAUGCACAGGAUUAAUGAUUUGAUUUUCUUUUAUUAUCAUUAUUUAUAUACACUCGAAGAAGGGCACUCACUGGUCUUUCUUAAUUUGGUCUUAUUAGGCAAGCAGUUUUGCUGCGUUUAAAAUUAUUAAUAAUGAGUUGCCCUGUAAGAUAUUUUUUAUUUUUUUCCCUUCUUAAUUUUAUAUCUUUUCAAUGUGUAUUGAACUGGCAGUCUUUCUGAAGCUUGUUAAAAGUUUGUAUGAUAUAAUUUUCAUACAUGGGUAGAGCAUUAUAGACUUUAGUCUCCUUUACAUGCUUUGUACAUUGCUGCUUAGGCUUUUUAGAUAAGCAUUUAAAGGAACACAUAAGAUGGUGCCUACUGACUCUAGCCCCAUAACUUAAUUGAGAUGCAGUUAUAAUAUAAUGGGGGCUGGAGUCAGCUGGGGAAAGGGGGUGCCUGGGAAUAAAGGUCUUUAACGCUCUAGUUCCAUUUGCUGGGACAACCCAUCAGCGUUAUGAUUCUGCUUGCCUGGCCGGUAUUGCAUUGUAAAGUAAGGCCAGGCUCCACCGCAACAGUUUGGGGUUGUCUCCGGCCACUCUGUUUAGCCAGAUUAGGGGAUUGUAGUUUGUCAUCAAUGUGAAUGAUCAAUUGUACAAAUAAGGCUGUCAUUUUUUUUUAGAGCCCACAUCAGGGCCAGGCAUUCUUUUUCUACGGUGGCAUAGCUGACUUACCUGGGUAACAGUUUUCGGCUGAGUAAUGCCAUUGGAUGCCCCACUCUGUAAUCCCCGAUCUGGCCAAAGAUGGAGGCAUCUAUGAGAAUGGCAAGUCGUUUGAAAUGGUCAGGAGCAGUCAACACAGAAGCAUUAGUUAGAUCAGGGGUAGUCAACCUGGUCCCUACCGCCCACUAGUGGGCGGUUUGCGAUUUCAGGUGGGCUGUGGUGGGUUCUGCAGAAAACGCCAAGUGGGCUUUGAUGGCCAUGGACCAUGAAAAGGAUCUCCCUUGCUGGCCCAUGCAGAGCAAGCCUUGCUGUCACACACACACCUCACAGACACACACACAAAAAAAAGUGUAGAAUAGAAAGAAAAAAAUGUAAAUAAAUACCUACAUUGUCAGAUCGGAGGGUUAGCUUGGGCUCGUUUCCAUCUUGCUCAGUUUCUGAGCUGCUAAUUUUUUUUUUAAAUGUGCCCUACUUGAUUGCAUCCGCAGCAUGAGGGGGGUGGAGUCUUUCGCUGUGGAACCGCUUUGGAGUUAGUGUAGUUGGGGGAACUGUUGGGUAGAGGUCAAGGGUAUUGAAGUAUUGUGCUGUGUCGAGUUCUCUUGCAAUCGUGAUGCUUCUCAACUAGCCGAGCGGCUUCCUCCACUGUGAAGGUCUUUCAAUCUUGGACUUCCGGAGUUGUGUGAUUGAACAAUUGCUCCAGGAGUAUCAGUUGCAGGACAUCUUCAAUGGUCACUGCCUGGCAUCCUUAUCUAGUUCUGAAUGCCCGCUGCAUUCGAAAGCCCACUCGGCAUAGGAGUCAAUCCCUGCAGCCGUCGUCAUUGAUUGCUGCAGGGAAUUUGCUGUGUCUAUGCAGGGUCUCGCGGGGUCCCCCAGACACCUCAAUGACUUACUCUUGCGCAUGUGGGAGAGUACAGCAGUGACGUCUGAUCUGAAGAGGACCCUGUAGGAUCAAGGUGGCGGCACUUGUGAGGGACACAUUUAGGUAAGUAAACUUACCUGUAAUUCUCCCCCUCACCCAUCAGGAGCAUUGCAAAUAUGGCAAAGUCCCAACCCGGUGACAGCAUCCCUAUAGGUGAAGCAGGGACAAUGCCAGAAUAAAGAGAGCAGUUGAAGAUAUGAGUUAAGGACAACACAAAACAGGGGAAGAGAGAUCUGAUAAGGUUAGGUGGGGAAGGAUCAAACUGACAAGUUGAGCAUGGAAGGUACAAUAGUUUUCAACAGUAAUACUAUAGGGUAGGUAGAUAGGAAUACCAUAGAAAAAUAAGAAAUCAAUUAAUUUUAAUAAGACAGGUAUUUGUGAGUAGAUAUCCCAGAAAUGCUACCUCUGCAUAAGGCUUUGGCUGCGAGACUUGAUAGCUAUAGCAAUAGAGCCCUGAGUGUAAACUUAGUGGUAAUAAUUUGCACAAGUUCCGCUUUUAAUAGAAAUUGUCAUUUUUUUUUUUUCUUCUAAUUGAGGCAGAAACAUCUUCCUGAUUGCCACUAAUAUCUAUUAAAGGACCACUCUAGGCACCCAGACCACUUCAGCUUAAUGAAGUGGUCUGGGUGCCAGGUCCUUCUAGGGUUAACCCACUUUUUUAUAAACAUAGCAGUUUCAGAGAAACUGCUAUGUUUAUUAAUGGGUUAAGCCUUCCCCUAUUUCCUCUAGUGGCUGUCUCAUUGACAGCCGCUAGAGGCGCUUGCGUGCUUAUCACAGUGAGAGCACGCCAGCGUCCAUAGGAAAGCAUUGAUAAUGCUUUCCUAUGCGACCGGAUGAAUGCGCGCGCAGCUUUCAGCGACGAGGGGCGGAGGAGGAGGAGAGCUCCCGCCCAGCGCUGGAAAAAGGUAAGUUUUUUCCCCUUUCCCCCUUCCAGAGCCGGGCGGGAGGGGGUCCCUGAGGGUGGGGGCACCCUCAGGGCACUAUAGUGCCAGGAAAACGAGUAUGUUUUCCUGGCACUAUAGUGGUCCUUUAAGAGAGGAGGGCAACACAUUUGAAAUUGCACUUACUACAAAAUGCAGUGGUUUUUUUUGUUGUUUUUGUUUUUUUUUUCUUCAUGACCGGUGUUUUAAUAGGUUUGUCUACAUCAGUCACAGGAAAUACCAUUUUUAUUUUCAUCUCUGGCAGCACAAAGCGAGAGAGAACUGAAAGUACAGAAAAACAAACCGUAAAAGGCCCCAUUCUGUUUUAUUAAAGUAAUAUAUGCACUAUGCUAGUAGCCUCCAACUGCACCUCAGCACACCAGGGUGAUCUCAAAGGCUGCAUUCAGGUUACCACAGCAGAGCCAUGACAGCCACAGCCAUUUUAAAUUCAGCUGAGCUGAACUGAUUUAAAGUCAAUUGCAGACAUACAGGCAGCUUUGGGUGCUGCACUCAACUGAAUAGAUUUAUGUGUUAAGAGACUAUAGGCCUGAGGGCUAGGAGAGUUUGAACAAAGGUGUAGCUAUCCAGUAUGCAUGCCUUCUUAUAGCUACAAUUACCAGACUUUACUAUUUACAUGACGUCAAGUCAUGAUUUUAUUAACGACACGGAGGCGAGUAUUAUGCUGCACUCUUUCUUUAUUUCCCUCAGCAGCAAAGAAAAAAAUCUUAAUGAUAUGAACACAGGAAACCGUCAUUAACACACAUCUUCCAUUGCAACCAACAGCCAAUCAGGUUCCACUCUCCAGCUUACUAGGUGGUUUUCCCUGAACCAUUUCCUCUUUCUUGCAAUCCCGAACUUGUACCGCCAUCCAAACGAAAAAGGAAUUCCAAUAAGGGAACAAUGCCAUCAGUGGAUGAACUUCCAAUUUAAGCUGUAAGAGAGAGUAGAAUAUGGUAAUAUCCAAGUAUAAAACUGGAUUUAUGCAUAUCUUUAGGCAAUAUCUUCUGUAACUAGUAUUUAGUCAACAUGUAUGAGUGAAUAAUCAAACCAAUCAGUGAGCAAAUCUGAACCAAAGAGACUUACCGUAAAUAACUUACCUAGGUGAACCACCAUCCAGGGAAGGGUGGGAGGGAUAAAACUCGCCUCCGUGUCGAUAAUAAAAUCAUGACUUUACGUCAUGUAAAUAGUAAAAUCUGGUAAUUUUAUUACGACACAGAGGCUCCUAUUAUGCUGGUUUAAAGCUGUGAUAUAACUGUUUCAGCAAAGUGUUCGAUCGGUUUGAAGUAAAAAUCACGAAAAGUGGAUUCCGACGACCAGUUGGCAGCUUGUAAGAUAUCUUCUAGUCGACAUCCUACCGCAGAGGCUUUAGAGACCAUAGCUCCUCGAACAGACUGUGGAGAGAACACUGAAGUGUCAAUGCCUGCCAAUGUCAUAAUGUCAUUUGACCCAUGUGGCCAGGAAGGGAGAGGAUACUGGAAGAUGUGGUUUGCGGACAGAGAUAAAUAACUGAGGUCUCAUAGGGUUCCGGAGCGGAGCCGUACGGAGUUUGUAUUCCUGUAGGCAUGCCACUGGGCACAAUAUAGGCUUCUGCGGAAAGCCCGGGUACAAUACGGACUAAGACUUUUUUUUCGUCCUUUUUUGGUCCUUCUAGAGAUAUCGAAGAGAAUGCCUUCCAGUGUAAAAGAUCAAGCGUCUGUGUCCAAGGCUCGUACAUCCGAGACUCUUUUGCAUGAGAUGAGACAGAAAAGCAUGACUAGUUUUGCUGACAGUUGUUUGAGUAAUAAUGAAGAAUUAUCCGGCCAUGACAUUAGAAAACGGAGGACAAGGGAAACAUCCCAAAAUGUAGAGUAACGAGAGAGCAGUGGACGAGAAAAAUGUACUCCGCAUAGUAAGCAACAGACCAUCGAUGCCUUGAUGCCUUGAAAGCGCCGAGCAGUAGAGGUUAACCGUGCGGUACGUUUUCUCUGCUUCAAAAAGGAGGUCAAAAAUUGUAGGAUGGCUGUCAAAGGAGCCGAUAAGGGAUCCAGGUUUCUUCCCAAGCACCAACCAUUCCAAGCAGAUUUAUAAGCUUAUCUCAUGCUGGGUGCCCAUGCAUUCUCGAAGUCUGAGAGUUGAUUGCGGAACACCUGCGACUGACCAAGGUCCCCUGAAAUCAACCAUGCCAUAAGUCGGAGAAGGCCCUGGCGGAUUAAGGGGUGAGAUUGUCUGUCUGUCUGUCUGUCUGGAUCCUGAAGAAGAGAAUUGUACGAUGUGAGAAGGCAGGCAAAAUCUAUCGCCAUUUCCAAUAGAGGAGGGAACCAUGGUUGUGACAGCCAUAGGGGAGUCACAAUUACCAGCAUGCCCUUUUGGCAACGCAGAUGUAGAAUGCAACGGGGAAUCAGUGCAAAUGGAGGGAAUGCGUAAUUCGUCUCCGUGGCACAAUUUUGAAGGAAGUUUGAGGGAGUUGAGCGUUCCACCGAGAGGCAAAGAGGUCUAUUCCCAGAGGUCCCCAGGUGUCCGUGAUGUUCCUGAAUGUCAAGGGGUCCAGGCGCCAAUAGCUGAAGUCCUUGAGGUGUCUGGAGUGCCAAUCCGCUGUGGUGUUGGAUAGUCCGGGAAAAUAUUCCGCUGUCACAGAGAUAUUGUGCAUAAGGCAAAAUUGCGUGCCAUGUUUGCCAGCACUUUAGAUUUCGUGCCUCCCAGAUGGUUCAUGUAUCUCACUGUGGACACGUUGUCCUUCUUCGAUAGAAUUGUGCAUUGAGAGUGAGUCGGGGAUAGGCUGCGUACUGCAAAGGACUUGGCUGAAAGCUCCAAGCAGUUGAUAUGCAGUGUCAUUUCGAGUUCCGACCAUCUGCCUCCCGUGGAGAUAGCUCCACAGCGCGCACCCCAGCCGUGUAAGCUCACAUCUGAUUCUAUGAUCAGAUCUGGGGUUGUUCUGAAGAUAGCACCUCCAUUCCAUGUUUCCAUGUGGUGGAGCCACCAGCGAAGUUCGGCUUUCGCCUCUUUGUCUAAUAUAACCAUAUCCCUGUAUGAUGUUCCGCCUCUGAGAUGAGGCCUGUAGCCGUUGGAGAGCUCGGUAAUGGAGCGGGCUUGGGAAUAUGGCCUGGAUGGAAGCCGCCAGGAGUCCGGUGACUCGUGCCAGAUGUUUGAGUGAGAAUUGGGGAACGGCCAACAUGCGUUUGAUUUCUUUUUUGGUGUUCAGCAAUUUUGACGCUGGGAGAUGUAGCGUUUGUGAAGUUGAGUCGUUCAGUAGUCCUAAGAAUUCGAUAUUUUGAGCUGUUGUCAAGAUAGAUUUGUUUUUUUUGUUUUUGUUUUUUCAGUUUAUAAGGAAACCCAGGUUUUGCAAUAGCGUCAGGGUCCAUGUGAGAUGUGCGUGGAGAAGGUCGGUAGACUGGGCUAGGAGGAGAAUAUCAUCUAGGUAGAUAAGCCGAACACUUCGUCUUCGAAGCAGAGCAAUUACGUGUUUCAUAACUUUUGUGAAACACCAUGGGGCUGAUGAUAGUCCGAACGGGAGGCAUAUGAACCUCCAUUUCCUUCCUUGCCACGUGAAUUGGAGAAAAUGUUGGUAUCUGUCCGAUAUAGGGACCAUGAGAUAAGCGUCUUGAAAGUCUCUAGCUUGGCCAACCAGUCGUUGGGUUGUAGAAGAUCGCGCGGGCAGUGUAUGCCUUCCACUUUGAAAUGGUAAUAGGACACGUAAGCAUUCAAUUGUUUCAAAUUUAUGACUGGUCUCAUUCCUCUGCCUUUCUUGGGUACCUGGAAGAGAUUGCUGACAUACCCAGGUGUAUUGGUUGGGAUCUCUGUGAUGGCUUGUUUGCGCAUUAAUUCGUGACUUUCCUUGGAUACAAGGGUAGCAUGGUGUUGGGGAAAAAACAAUCUCUCUGGGCGGGGAAAGUUGGGUCAGGUGUGCAAUAACCUGUUACAACUUGCAGGACCCAAGCGUCUGAGUCUGCCCCCACAACCUGAAGGGAAGAGUAGACCCUUACCAUAAGGUCGUCGUCCAGAAGGAGCUUCUCUGAUGCCUCUAGCUCUAAUUCCGUAAAAUUAAUAACAGUAACUUAUAUUAAAGCGGCACUAUCAUGCCGAAUCCUGUUUUUUUUGUUUUGUUUUUUUAACCCCCCCUCCGGCCUCCACUAUCUCUAAAGGACACCCUAGUCACCCCCAAAUGCCCCUAAGCCCCCCACAUUACCUAUUUUUUUUAUUCCUUAUUUUCUGCCUCGAUCUUUAUUCAGGGCGCCGCCCUCUUUGUGUGGGUAGAUGAAGUCCCUGUGGGACACGUCAUCUGCCCACACUAGAUAGCGCUGAGAUUCCCGCAUAUGCCCAGUAAAACACCUGGACAUGUGAAUGGGAAUUUCAUCCAUUCAUUCAUCAGACAGACGAAUUAAUGAAUAGAAAUGUCAGAUGAACAAACUAACACUGUGUAUCAGUGUAAGUUUGUUCGUUCAGUUUAUUACAAGGAGGGAGCUACCGGCAUGCAGUUCCCUCCUUGUAAUAUGUAAAGAUAGAAGCGGCAGGGAGCAGUGCUCCCCACCACUUCAUGAGCCCGCCAGGCCCCCCCCCACUCUAUGGGGGUUGAAAUCCAUCCAAUCACAGUGCUCUGUCAUUUUACACAGCGUAGGAAAGUUCUUUGGAAUUUUCCCACGCUGUGUAAAAUGACAAAGAGCACUCGGAUUGGCUUAAACUCACCAAUCAGUGUUCUUAGCCUAAUUGCAGGGCGUGGCAAGGCUUUAUAAGCCUUCCCCUGCCCUGCGGAGCUCAGUCUGCGCGGAGCCCUCCAUGGGUGAAAAUUGAUUAAUUUUUUUGCGCUCUGGUUUUUUCUUUUUCGUCGUGUGUGUUUGUGUUUUUUUUUUUUAUUUAUUUUUUUGCGCUCGGGAUUUUUAUUUUAUUUUAAGUUCAGUUAUGAUGGUUUUUUUUAUUUGGCCUUUUUUGGGCCUGAAAAAUGAAGAUUUGAGAAAAAAGAAGAAAAAAGACUAGGUUAGUUAUUUUAUUCCCCCUUCACUAUUUUUUUUAGGGUGAGGUGGGUAGGUAGGGACUUUUUAUUUGGGUGGGAGGGGGGUAACUAGGGGCUUGGGGACCCCUAGUCACCUGGGGGCAGGGUGAAAUUGACAGGGGCCCCCACCCGCCGCCGGAGGACAGUAGGUUUCCCCCCAUUAUCUUUAUGGCCCCAACCCGCCCAGGGGUGGGGACGGGAGGGUGGACAGUAGGUGUCCCCCCCUCAUUAUCAUUAUGGCCGCCGCCCGAGUGGUGGGGGCGGGGGGUUCUAGCAGUAGGUCUCCCCAUUAUCAUUAUGACCCCCACCCACCGUUUAGGGGUGGGGGUUUACUUUAGGGCCCCCACCCGUCGUUUAGGGGUGGGGGCCAAUAGUUUUUUUGUUGUUUUUUUAGAGUGAGCAGCCACAGGCUGCUCACUGCUUACUCGACAUGCCCCUACUCGCAGUAUAGCGAGUAGGGGCCGCAUUUACUAAUACUAAGUAAACUUACUUAGUAUUAGUAAAUGUGGCUGAAAGACCAAUUUAGGUGGAAGACAGGAAGAAAAGAAGAACAGAUCAUGAGAGAGGGGGAGAAGAGGAAGAGAUUGAGGAAAGGUAAAUUUAGCAUGACAGUGCCUCUUUAAAUUAGCUUGAUGAAAGUAAAUUAAAGAAAUUAAGUUAGAUUUAGGGGUACUUUAUCGUUUAGGGGUGGGGGCCAAUAGUUUUUUUGUUGUUUUUUUAGAGUGAGCAGCCACAGGCUGCUCACUGCUUACUCGACAUGCCCCUACUCGCAGUAUAGCGAGUAGGGGCCGCAUUUACUAAUACUAAGUAAACUUACUUAGUAUUAGUAAAUGUGGCUGAAAGACCAAUUUAGGUGGAAGACAGGAAGAAAAGAAGAACAGAUCAUGAGAGAGGGGGAGAAGAGGAAGAGAUUGAGGAAAGGUAAAUUUAGCAUGACAGUGCCUCUUUAAAUUAGCUUGAUGAAAGUAAAUUAAAGAAAUUAAGUUAGAUAUAAUAAUAAUCAGCCCUUAGAUAUAUAUAAUUUUUUUAAAUUAAAUUAAAAUGAUUUUUUUUAAAAAAUCUCCUAAACGGAAGAGAAUUGAGUGGCAAGACUGCAGGGGCAUUAAGCCAGGGCUCAAGAAAUCCCAGGCGCCAGGUCAUCAUGGCAAUCUGGAAAUCUGUCCUGGCGCCUGGAAUUUGUGAGCCUGUUCAGCCCCUGAGGUGACUGGCUGCCCGAGAUUGGUCUGUGUCUGUCAGUGAGUGUGUGUGUUUAGGUGCCCUGCCCCCUUCCAAUUACAUGAUAAAGGUGUUUUUACUCCGUUUCCCACGCUCUGCUGGUCAUGCUGCAGCUGGCCCCACCUCCAUGGCUGAGAUCUUGAUGAUAUCAGGGAAUCCAGUGCUUCGCCAAAGAAAAACAUUGCUUAAAGAGACUUAUCGCACGUGCGCGGCAACAUGCAAUGAUGCACAAUCAACUUCUCCUCGCAGAGAUGUAUUAAAAUCAAUGCAUCCCUAUGGGAAGCAUCAAUGAAGGUGUUGUACACUGUGCAGACAGCAAUGUAAGCACUGCCUUUAGUCUGAAAAGCCAGUGUUUACAUUGAAAAGCAUGCAGGGACAGUAUAGACUUCAGAACAACUACAUUAAGCUGUAGUGCUUCUCGUGACUAUAGUGUCCCUUUUAAGAAUUAUAUUUUUAACGUUGAAAAAUCUGUUUUGUUACUUUUUUUUAGUUUAGUAAGAAAUUUGUCAAGCCCCGCUUUAAGCUGAAGUGGUUAUAGUGCACAGACUGACCAGCAGGUUUUUAAUCCUAAUGUUUGAAGCUGUGAACAUAAACAAAUGUUUUGCUCUUGUUUUAGUUGUUAUGGAUUCCAAUCUAGAUGAUGACAUUUGUAUUUUGACCCACGAGAAAGCUGACUGCAUACCGAGAAAAGAUCAACAGACCCCAUUUUCAUCAUCUUCUGGGGAAGCAUCUGUUGCCUCACACUUUGCCCUCGUCACUGCUUAUGAAGACAUCAAGAAGCGACUGAAGGACACUGAAAAGGAAAAUAAUUAUUUGAAGAAAAGAUUAAGAUUACUUGAAGAAAAGGUACAGCGCAAAUAUUUAUUCAUACAGUUGGUAAUAUGUCAUCAUUUUAUUUACUGUAUAUCUAUGUAUAGUUGUUUAAGAUACCCCUCUCACACUUUGUGUUUCUUAUUGCAUGACUUACAUUUUGCUCAAAAGCAUAUAUCCUCUUACAAAGGUGCUCAUGAAAACCAUUCUAAAGAAUAUCUUUCUAGAUCUUUUUAGCUGUCAUUUUAAUUACCAUAUCAUAUGAAUGGCUAGUCGACAACUGACUGAGCUAUUUCUUUUUUUACUCCUUGAUAACUUGCAAGCUGGCUUCUGUCCUCAAUAUACCACUGAAACCGCACUCACCAAAGUAAAACUCCUUAAAUUCAUAUUAAAAAGUCACAUUUCGUUGAUGAUGCUUGUUGAGCUCUUAUACCAGCUUCUCGGACCUCUGCUACACAGCAGUUUUGGGUCAAUAUAAAGUUGUGUUUUUUUUUGUUUUUUUUUGACAUUCAAAUCUUUAUUUCAUUUCCAAGUUUUGUUUUUUCACAGACAUAUAAACAAACAAACCACAGUGCGGUAUUAGUAGCCUACAUGCCUCCCGUUGUCUUAUAAUAAUGUUGUAUCACCCCGCCCCCUCCCACCUGCUUUUAGAACUGGCUGUAUCCCCUGGUUCAUGUUGUGCCCCGUGUCUACGUAGAUGGUAUGCUCCCUCCCUCAUUCGUGUACUACGACCCCCUCCUGCUACCGUGGCAUCUGUACUACUUCUAGUCUGCCAUCCACCUCGCCUGGUUGGAUAGCAACUGUCUAGUGACUAUUGUAAGUGAGCCAGUCUUGUGUGCUACCCUUUAUAAUGAGCCGCCUGACCCUGCUCAUCGCUUGCUGUCCUGACACGUGUGUUUCUAUUACAGAUCGCUGACACUUGGCUCAACAGUUAGUGGUAAAGAUCUUGGCUACGGGUGGUUUCACCAUGGCAAGUAGUUAGCCCGCCGGUGUAGGGCGAUCCAUUUAUCGCAUCUAGACUGGUGUGCCACGUAUGUGCGUGGGUCCAGUCGAGUUGCCUAAGGUGACGCUAAUCGAGAUUUUCAGGAAUACCGUGGAUCCCUUGGUCAUGUCUGUCACUGUCCCUGCUGUUUGCAUAUCCCUCCUUAAGCAUCGUAGUUGUCCCCUAUGUGUACUGAUCUUCGAGUCGUGUCUUCCCAAUGCCCCUCCGCUGCGUGUGUCAUGCAGUCCGAUAUCCUCUGUUAGGCGGGGAUCUCUCCCCCACCGGCGUAUUGCCGUGAUGCUAUAGCCGACCCUUUCUUCUAUUCGCAUCAUGUCCCUUGUCUUUCGCCCCCAUGGUCAUAAACAUUGGGUGCAGCUCCCUAACCCGCCUUUCCUUCCCCUUCUCCCAUCCUGUCCCCCCUUCCGGUCUCUGGGUGGGAAUCCCCAUAUCUCUCCGCUGUGCGUUCGCUCACACUGUCCAUCUGGCGAUGGUUAAUCUGGGUAUAUGUGUUAGGUAUGGUGUAUCGAACUGUGUGGAUGAGUAGUCUGUCUCCCGACUCAGGUUCCCCUCGUCGUUUAGAGUGUCUGAUAGUGUGUGCCGCUUAUCUUGUCCGUCAGUGAUUUUGAGUGUGUUGCCCGUCGUGUAUGGGGAUUGAGUCUCCGGUGGAAGUUACCGGUGUAUUCCGGAUUUCGUUGUUGCGGCAGUCUGAAGGGGUCGCCCGCUCCGCGGCACCCCCCCCCUCGCGCUCCGCGGCACCCCCCCCCUCGCGCUCCGCGGCACCCCCCCCUCGCGCUCCGUCUCGCACCGCCCUCUUGGUCACGUACUCCAUCCACGGGAACCAGGUUGUAGCGCAUUGCUCCGUUCGUCCCUGCAGGGAGGCCGUCAUCAGCUCCACCCUAUCCACCCAUUGUUGAAAGGUGGGUACCGUGCGGCUUUUCCAGAAAACGGUAUGAGCGUUUUCGCCACUGUAAGCAAGUGGAUGGUCAGCCACUUUUUGUAUUUCUGCAACGGUAUCGGCGUGUGGUUGAGCAACAUUGUCAGGGGCUGCAGUGGUAGGUUUGCAUCAGCAAUUUCCCUAAUUGCUUGAUGGACUUGUUGCCAGAAUGGUUCGAUUCGCGGGCACGACCACCAAAUGUGUAGCCUCGUGCUCGGUUCCGCACCACAUCGCCAGCACUCGCCGGGUAUUGACUCGUGGACAUGGCGAAGGAUAUCUGGGGUCCUGUACCAGCAAGUCAGAACUUUAUAGUUACAUUCCUGGUAUUUGGAACAGAUGCUCCCCUUGUGUGCCAGCUGGUAAAUCUUGUCCCAUUCGAAAUCCGUGAGUGUCAGGCCCUCGCCCUCUUACUGCUGUAAUAAGGUGUACAGUGCAGACACACCAUGUUCUAAGUGCUGCCUAUCCGCGCAUAUGCUUUCCAUAGGUAGCAUCGGUCGGUGUAUUUGGUUCCGACCCAGUAGAGAGUUGUAAUACACUCUUAUUUGAUGGUAGGGGAAUUCAUCCAAUCUCGUUGCUCUGCUGUCCGGAAUCAGGUCCUCCACAGGUUUGAGUGUUAAGUCAUUGCACCAUUGCCGCAGGUAGGUCCAGUCCGACACUGGGAAGUGUUUUAGGGCAGCUGGCGCUAGGCCGCCCGCCAGUCUUGGGUUGUUGGUUAUGGGAUGAAGCGGGUUCUGCGUUGUGGUAAGUUGUUUAGUGUAUCUGAUCGCACACCAAACCCGCAGUGUGGAGUCAAUCAUCGGGUUCCCUGUGCGCAGGUCGCCCAGCACUGACCCUCCCAGCCACAGCUGGGCGGGAAUCUGGCCCUGUGCCUGUUGCGUCUCCAUCUCGAUCCAUUGUUUGGUGGUCGGCCUUGCGUGCCAAUCCACCAGGCGGCACAGAUGCGUCGCCUAGUAGUAGGCGAGAACCGACGGCAACCCCGUCCAACAAGCGUUUUUCGACCUCUCCAAGAUCGUCCUGCGUAUUCGUGCCGGUCGAUGGUUCCAGACGAAUUGUCUUCUAACGGUUGCUAAUGUUUGGAACAAGUACCGAGGAAUGGUUGAAGGCAACGUCUGAAAUAGAUGGAGAAUUCGUGGCAUAACAUUCAUCUUUAGAGCAUUAAUCUGCCCAAACCAGGAUAUGUACUGGGCCGUCCAUUUUUUAAGGUCGUUUUGUAUGGUCAUGAGGAGCGGUGUAAAGUUUAGUGGGUACACGUGCUUGAGCUCCUGUGGGAGCCAGAUUCCCAAGUACCGAAGUUUCGUCGGACAGACUCUGAAAGCAAAGUGCGUUCGCAGGAGCUGCAUCAUGCCGGCAUCGCGACUAAGCGGCAUCACUUCGGAUUUGUCCAAGUUGAGAGCAAGAUUGGAUAUGUCUGAGUACUGCCUGAACGCCUCCAGGAGGUUUGGGAUUGAAAUCCGAGGCUGGUCUAAGAAAAAGAGCAUAUCGUCCGCAUAGGCCGCUACCCGGUGUUCUCCCCGGCCCAUCCGGAGCCCAGUGAUACCUCCGUUCCAUCUGAAAUGGUUCUAGAGUGAGGGCAAACAGGAGGGGGGACAGGGGGCAGCCCUGUCUCGUGCCGUUGCAGAUCCUGAUCGGCUCCGUCAGUGCGCCAUUAACUCUUAUCCGUGCCGUUGGUGUGGAGUAUAGGGCCAACACCCAGGUUCGCAUAUUCUGUCCGAAUCCCAUGUGCCGUAACGAUGCCAUGAGAAACCUCCAGUCCACGCAGUCAAACGUUUUUUCAGCGUCCGUGGAGAGAAGCACCAGCUCCCGCUUGCUCACUGUCGCCGCGUGGAUCACAUUAAGGGCUCGGAUCGUAUUGUCCCGGGCCUCUCUCCGGGAAUAAAGCCAACUUGGUCUGGAUGAAUGCGCUCGGGGGCCACCCGUGCCACUCUGAGUGCUAAGGCCUUUGCAAAAACCUUCAGGUCAGUGUUCAAUAACGAGAUCGGCCUGUAGCUCGCACAGUUAGUGUGAUCUUUACCCUCUUUCGGGAUAAUGGCCACGGUCGCUCUCAAUGUGUCCGUGGGGAACUGUCCUCCCGUUUGCAGUGAGUUGAGGCCCUCCAGGAGCUUCGGUAUUAGGAUCUCCUGAAAGGCUCGUAAAUACGUAACCGGCAGACCAUCAGGGCCCGGUGCCCUGUGAGUUUUUGCCACUUUCAGGGCCCCCGCCAGCUCCUCAAGUGUCAGGGGUUGGUCCAGUUCGGCUUCUUGCUCCGGAGUAAGCUUGCAGGUCACAUGUCUGUCCAGGUAGGUGUCCAUUUGCUCCCGGUGGUGUCACGUCUCCGAGGCGUGUCUGGUCAUAUAGGGCAGCAUAAUACUUGUGGAAUGCGUCUAGGAUGCCAUCUGGGAGACGCAUGACAUUUUGCCCCUGCGGUCUAAUCUUAUGGAUGUGUUGCACCCUCCGCUUCUCUUUGAGCAUUUUCGCGAGCACACUGCCACAUUUAUUCGAGUGCUCAUAAAAGAACCUGGCUGUUUUGCGCUCCGUUUGGAGUAACCCCUGGGAGAGUAUGGUGCGAAGCUCCCUGCGCGCCUCCAUGAGGCGGAAGUAGGUCACGUCGUCCAGCGUGCGUUUGUGCUCCUGUUCCAGUUCCGCGACUCGUCCCGUUAAGCGACUUGUACGAGCAACUCGGUCCUUUUUGCGCUUAGUGCUAAUGGCUAUGAGGUGUCCUCAUACUACACACUUAUGCGCCUCCCAGAGCGUGAGUGGUGUUAUAUCCAGUGUUGCAUUCGUUGUGAAGUAGUUGGUCAGGGCGUUCAUCACCGUUGUAAUGAGUUCGGGGUCAUCCAGGAGAGUCUUGUUUAGUUUCCACUGACAGUCUUUAGGUUUGUAGAGGGGAGAGCUUGUCUGCGCUAUCAUCGGUGCGUGAUCACAAUGAUCCAUGAUCCCUAUCUCUGAGCUUUGCAGCAGUGUCAGAUAUACUUGUGCGAGGAAUAUGUAAUCUAUUCGGUUGUAAUGUGCGUGAACGGUCGAGUAAUAGGUGUAAUCCCUAUCUUCAGGAUGUCCCGCCCUCCAACAGUCCACCAGUCCCAGCUUGAGAAGGGAACGCAGCGCCGCCCUCAAACAGUGUGUCGGGACCGCGCUGGUUCCCCUGGAGGUAUCCAGCGGCAGAUUCAGGUCUCCCGCUACCACCAGCAGUCCCUCCCUAAAGUUCUCCAGUUUGGACAGCGUGUUGGCAAGGAAGGUGUGUUGUCUUCUGUUGGGGCUAUACAGGCAGGCAAAAGUAUAGGUGUGAUCUGCAAUGGAGCCCUUGAGAAACAGGUAUCGUCCAUUGGCAUCUGCCUGGAUCGCCGUGCAGUUGAACUGCGUCGUGUGCGCGAACAAAAUCGCCACUCCCGCCUUCUUUGCCUCAGGGUGGUUGGCGUAGUACCCCACCGGGAAGUGACUGUUUUCGAGUUUCGGGGCGUCCCUGUGUCGGAAAUGCGUCUCCUGCAGUAACACAACGGACGCUCGUGCGGUCCACAACCUCCUCGUUAACUGGGAGCGCCAUUCCGGGAUGUUAAGGUCUCGCACAUUGUAGGACCAGUACGUCAUCUGCGCUGGGGUGUACCCCAUGCCAACUCUCCACUCCCCCAGGGGGGAUCACCGCCCGCCGCGGAACACGCACGACCCAGGAAGAAGGGUGAGAGAGAGAUAGCGAGCGAGAGAGAUGAAAGAGGGGGGGGGGGAUUUUUUGUUUUUGUUUUUUUUAUUUUUGGUCCGGUAGUGGUGUGACUGUAACCCUAUACCAGUCCAGUCGACUAGUGGCGGAGCGUUCUGUCCGUCCCUAUGAGCCCUGGUAAUAUGUACACUAGGGGUCUGUCACAGUGGGGUUCGUGGUGCCACUAUGUGCGCGGUACCGUUUGUGUGGUGUUGGGGUUUGUUCUCCUCUCGCCCCGUCGGCACCCAACCUGCCGGGUGCCUGUUAUGUCUGCUCCGUAGUUGGGUGGUCCCCGGGUCCCAUCCAGCGCCCCUCGGUCCCUUGUCCCCCACUCAAAACCCUAAUUGUAGGCCAUUUUUCUCCGUACUGCCCUCGGUGCCGCCUUACCCUCGCCCUGUUGUGUCCCCCUCUGGGCCUACUACCCCCCUCCCUCAUCAAACCCCUUUGAUGGUUCACUAGGGGCCCACGAUCAGACCGCAAGCCCCCCCACGGCCGGCGACUGAACCCUACCGACCCUCCCCAGCCUAGCUCUCGGCCAACCCGCCUGGGCCGUGGAGGAGGCACCAGGCCUUCACUACGUCUGCUCACGGUGCCCGACCCGCCGGUCAACCUCCGGUCCAGGCCCCGGAGGGGUACGUGGCAUUUGCGGCUGGGGGGGCACCUAGGCCUCGCACCUAAGAGAUAAGAGUCCUUUCAGUCUAGGCCCCCAGCCGGGCGCCUCUCCAUCGUGGAGCAGUCUCACACGGGCAGUGUCCUCUAGCCCAGAUCCCCGGCUUCCCGCCAAAACCCCCCAGGAUGCCGCCAUGCGUGUCCUGGCCCUGGCCCUCCCCCCCCAACCUAGCUGAAUAUAAAGUUUUGGUUUUUUUUUGUACCUUCCUUUUAGUCUUUAAUUUUCAACUGGUUUUUCUUCACUUCUAUCACUUGGAGUAUAUCAGAAUGACAUUUUCUGAACUUUUUUUCCCCUAGUAUCUACACAUCAGAUCUAAGUAGAUGAAAGAAAUACUUGGUUUCAGAAAGAAAAGUUUUUAUUGGGCAGAAUGUACACUCAAAUCAAGUAUAAGUCAAUGGUUUUGAAUUGUGUAUUGUGUAUUUUAUUGGUCUUUAACUCCUUAAAAGCCUGCAUGUUGCAGUUUGCUGUGAUCACAAUCUGGUCCGUAAAGUCCAAUUGCCAAUAUAUUAGUUUGUAUUUAAAGUUAAUGAAAUCAGGGGACUGCACUCACCUAAACAUGCAUAAAUGGGAUGCUGCUGGAGCCAAUUCAUACAAUACACAAGAUCUAGCGCACUCACAUAAUUUGCACUGGAUCGUGUGUGUUGUAUUUAAAAUUGAGGUGUUAAUGUGUGCUUGCAUUUCUCUUUCAAACUAGGACCCAGUUGGUUUUCAUGGUCCACAUUGAUUAGCUCAGAUAAAAACAUUUCCAGCUAGAUCCGUGGAGGGAGUAUAGGCACAUUUUGGAAUGUGGGUUACAUUUACAGGAAAGUUUGGGACUAGAAAAAUCCAAGGAGUGUUAUGGGAGUCAGUUUAGCUGCAGUGUGACACAAAGAGGUUUCUUAUUCACGCCUACAUUAUAUAUAUUAUAUUAUAUAUUAUAUUAUUAAUUAAUAUUAUAUUAUAUUCACUUCAUCUGCCAGGAGCCUUGGCCACUGCAAGAGUACAGCACAGUCUAUGCAAGACUGUUAAAUCCUACAUAGACACUUUUGAGAUGGAGAUGCAUGUUUCCCACAGCUGUAACUAGUGACAGCUCUGGGAAUUGACCAAAAUUCACUGCAAAGGCUCCACCUUGUUAAAGGGACACUGUAGGCACCCAGACCACUUCAGGUCAUUGAAGUUGUCUGGGUGCAGUGUCCCUUUUGCACCUAGUGCUGCAAUGUUAAACAUGUUUACAUUGCAGCACUAAGUCUGCCCUCAGUGGCUGUCUACUAGAAGGCUUCCGGAAUUGUAAGAGACUUUUGGUCCCUUAUGUGACGCUGGAAGCCCUUGAUUCAAUGCUUUCCUAUGGGGAGGUCUAAUGCGUGUGCGGCAUUUGCCGCGCAUGCCCAUUAAACUCUGCUCAUCGCGGGAUUUAGGAGGGGGAGGAGCGUCGACCCAGUGCAGGGUGACAUCGGCUUUGGGAUAAGGUAAACAAAUAAAAAAAGGGGUUUUAACCCUUUAUUUAUCGGGGGGGGGGGGAGGCAGAGAGGCAGAGGGAUCGGUAGUGCCAGGAAAACAGCUUUGUAUUCCUGGCAGUAUGGUUUCCCUUUAAAUUUAGUCUUGUCGAUAAGGCACCGUAGUCGUUAAUUUGUCUAACAAUAUCUUGAAACUCCUGCAGUUCAGUUUCCUAUUCAAACUUUUUAUGAUGCUCUUGUGUGUAGAAGAGAGGUAUGCUAAAUAGAAAAGCCAAUUGAAACUACAAUUACUCGGCGAUAGUUCUAACACUAGUUAAUUGUAAGGCUGAUCGGUUUUCUGUCUAAGUUAAGGCUAUCACUUUCUGUUGUCGGACCAAUUUUAGCUUUGUGGAAAGCAUGCGGAAGAAGCAAGCACAGUAGGUCAUGAGCAAGAACACGGAGGAUGGGUUGGCGGAAAACAAGUUAACAAAGCUUACAGCGCCUUUCGUGAAGUCUGCAUUGAGCGGGACAAACUGAAAAACAAACUGAACCUAUCCGUAUGUAGUACACUGUUUAAAAUGUUCUCAAUCUAUAAUCUGUUUGUUUGUAGCUUUGGAAACACAGACAUAUGCUCUUACAUGGUAUCCUUCUGAUAUGGUAUAGGCUGUCUGUGAAAACUCCUUUACAACCACCACCUAAAUUCCUGUUUAAAUUAUGUUUUUGCAAGCAUUAUAUAAUUUUAUAAAAGGUAGAUUUUAAUAUAAAAUGUUUGAUUGUUAUGAGCCCUUAUCAGCCCAUAAUAUAGUGCAGGGAAUAUUGUUAAAAAAUACAGCGUGGGUCUUAAUUUGGUGAUAUGACUUACUAAACCGUUUUUACUGGGGUUUUUUUUUUUUUUUUGGGUGGCUGGGUACAGGAGCAAGAAAAACUUGAAUCUACAAAAACUCUGAAUGAGCAGCUACAAGCAAAAGAAGUUGAGUUGUUGCAAGUGAAGUCUGAAUUGGAAACACAUCAAGGUAAGUGUGUAAUCCUAAGCACAGGUAGCCUUCUGGAGGACCACACUAAGACUCUAUCCUGCACACUAUCAUUUAAUUAUAACUUAAUCACCCUGUAAAUUUGCUUUAUUUUAUACGAUCUUGGUGUAUUGCAUAUUUUCUUACAUUUAUGUCUUGUAUGUACUGCUAAAGUGUAGUCUUAUUAGCCCUGUAUGUAAUUGUUUAAUUCACAUAUAUGCAUAUCUCUAUUUCCUCUCUGAUUUCUGCCCUCUGACCCCGCCCUUCUUUCAUUGAUAUCAACUCAAAUGUUUUUGUUUGAAUAACCAUCCCCUCACCUCUGUGCUUAGAUGCAUAUCACCCUCCCUCAGCUUUAUUGCAGGCCUAUCUGACCCUCACACAUCUUUCUUCCACAGCUUGAUUUCCAAACUUUCCAGCCCUAUUACUGCUGCAAGAAAGUCUGAUCCCCACCUCACCCCAAGCUCAUUAUUACAUUUAUAGAUAGUCUGUCACACCCACAUUUUAGAUAAGCAGAAACACACUGUACACACUGCCUCUUAGUAAACUCCUGCACUUUCCUAACUCCUAAAACUUAAUCUUUACACUUCCUACUCCUGGUUUUGAUAUUCCAAUUUAUUUACUUAUUCUCCAAAUUGACUUUUUCCAAGUUUAGCAAUGCUCUGUCUUCUCCUCCUUGUCUUCAUUUCCUCCUUCUCCCUCAGUAUCUAAAUCUCUCCUUACAACCACAUUUCCCCUCUCUGCUAGAAUCCCCCCUUCUCUCAACUCAUGCCCUGUACUCAUUUUUCUGCUCCCUCUCUCCUAUCCAUAAUCAAUAUUAUCCUAGACCCCAUGCACAUAAAACCCACUCCCACCUCCUGUCACUAUCUCUCCUCCUUCUUCUAGAAGCUGGUGAUGUCUCUCUCAACCCAGGACCCUUCACCCCCUCUGCACACACUAAGACAACCAGAAACCACACAAACCUUAUCACAAUACCCUGCCCUUUACCCUCAUUUACCAACAUUCAGUGUGAACUGUGGAACGCCCGCUUGCUGUCUGCAGCAAUCUGAAAUCAACAGCCAUACAUGACCUUUUCAUCUCAAACUCCUUCACACUACUAGCACUCACAGAUACCUGGCUUUCCCCCUCUGAUAGUGCUACUACUGCCUUUUUAUGUUUUGGUGGGCUACAAUUCUCCCCCACUCCCAGACCCAACAACUGUAAAGGAGGUGGUGUAGGCAUCCUUCUCUCCCCUCAAUGUACCUUUCAACCAAUCUCCCCUGCCCUAUCCUUUACUUCAUUUGUUCACACUGUCCACCUUUUUAAAUCCACUUCUUUAAGAAUUGCUAUCAUCUAGCGCCCCCCCUGGUCAUCCUAGGCUAUUUAUUGAGCACUUUUCUUCCUGGCUACCUCACUUCCUCUCCUCUAGCACUCCUUCCCUUAUACUUGGUGAUUUCAAUAUCCCAAUCAAUAACCCCAACUGCACUGAUGCAUCUCGUCUGCUCUCUGUAACCUCCUCCUUUGGCCUCACACAAUGGUUCAAUUCAUACAGCGGGAAACACUCUUGAUCUCGCCUUCACCAACCUUUGUACUGCCUCUAAUCUCUGCGAUAUUCCUUUUCCUCUAUCUGAUCACCAUCUGCUGACUUUUGACAUCAGCACACCCAGGGCCCAACUGACACCACUUCUCCACUAACCUCCAAACUCUCCUUUUACCUAUCUCAAACCUCACCUUCCCUAGCUCUGCAAUCUCCUUCUACCAUUCCACCCUCUCCUCUCAACUAGACAUCAUGGCACCUUCUACACUUAAAAGCAGCAAGCGCCCCCAACUAAAACCUUGGCACACCAAACUGACUCGAUACCACCAAAAAUGCUCCAGAAAUGCUGAACGCUGCUGGAGAAAGCCUCACUCCACAUCUGACUUUCUCCACUAUAUAUCUAUGCUGCUUUCUUAGAGCUUGGCUCUUUUCUCUGCAAAAGUAAAUGACUUAAACACCCUUAUAACCACUGUCUCCUGCCAACCCAAACGACUAUUUCAUACUUUUAACUCUCUUCUUUGCCCUGUUGCUCCUCCUCCUCCUACCGACUUAACACGCCACAAACUUUGCAACUUACUUCACUGACAAGAUCUCUACAAUCGGGGAAGAGAUCUCUCAUCUCUCUCCUUCCCCUUACAAUAUUUCCUCCAACCUCACUCCCUCUGCUGUUCUAUGGUCAUUCGCACCCGCUAUGGUGGAAGAGGUUUCUGAUCUGCUCCAGUCCUCCCGCCCCACCACCUGUUGCCUCGAACCUAUUCCCUCACAUCUCAUGUCUCCUCUUGCUUUGUCUCUCACUAAAAUUCUCAAUCUCUCCCUCUCCUCUGGCAUAUUUUCAUUACAUUUCAAACAUGUGCAACUGUAACCCCGAUUCUUAAAAAGCCCAACCUUGACCCUAACUCCCUGUCAACUACCGCCCUAUCUCACUACUGCCUUUUGUGUCCAAGAUCCUUGAAAGUCUUGUGUAUGUGAGAUUGACAGACUUCUUCAAGUCCAAUUCUCUGUUCGACCCACUUCAGUCUGGUUUCCGUUCUCAGCUCUCUGUGGAAACGACUCUGACCAAAGUAUCAAACUAUCUACUCGCUGCAAAAUCUCAUGGUCCCUACUCUAUCCCAAUUCUCCUUGACCAUUGCGCUGCUUUUGAUACUGUUGAUCAUAAACGUCUUCUCAUCCUCUGUAAUCUCGAUCUACGAGAUGUUGCUCCUCCUACCUCACCCUGCACUCUUAUAGUGUCUCUUUCUCUGGCUCUGCCUCUUCCCAACCUCUUUGUUGGUGUCCCCCAAGGUUCAGUCCUUGGUCCCCUACUGUUCUCGAUCUGUACUGUCUCUCUUGGUAAACUCAUCAGCUCCUUUGGCUUCCAAUAUCACUUCUUUGCGGAUGACACGCAAAUCUAUCUGUCCUCCCUUGAUCUGUUCCAGCUCCUGUUGACUAGUGUCUCUGACUACCUCUCUGCUAUUUCUAACUGGACGGCUGCUCACUUUAAGCUCAACUUGUCCAAAACAGAACUUCUUGUCUUUCCUCCCUCAAGUGUUGCUACCCCUAUUUCUGUCUUCCUCCACGUUAAUGGUGCUGCCAUCAGCUCCACCACGCAGGCUCGCUGCCUAGGUGUUCUUUGACUCUGACCUCUCCUUCACCCCUCAUGUCCAGUCGAUCGCCAAAUCCUGCCGCUUCCAUAUUAAAAACAUUCCACGCAUCCACCCCUACUUAACGCCAGAUGCAGCUAAGGUGCUGGUCCACGCCACUGUCCUCUCUCACCUUGACUUCCGCAAUCCGCUUGUUAGUGGUCUUACAUGUUUCCAACUUGCCCUACUGCAGUCUAUAAUGAAUGAGACGGCGAGGCUCAUCUUCCUGUCCGCCUGCACCUCCCACGCCUCACCCCUCUGUCAGUCCCUGCAUUGGCUUCACGUAAGAUAUAGGGCUCUGGUUCUUGCUUUCAAAUCUCUACAUUAUGCUGCUCUCACCUAUCUAUCCUCCCUAAUACACAAGUAUGUCCCGCCUAGGCCCCUACGCUCUGCCGAAGAUCUGCAUCUAUCCUCUAUUCGUACUCCCACCUCUCCUUCAAGACGUCUCUAGGACUUCCUGUGGAACUCCCUUUCCUUUUCCGUUAGAUGCUCACCUAGUCUCCACUCCUUCAAAAAGUCAUCAAAACUUACUUUUUCACAAAAGCAUAUCAAUUAAACUGUUAAUGGCUCCAAAACCCCACACUAAGUCUUCGUUGCAUACUAUUCUACAAAUCUUUUUCCCUAAUACUUCCUUUACCUUUUAUGUCACUUUAGCCUACUCCCUCUAGCAUGCAAGCUCAUUGAGCAGGGCCCUUAACACCUCUGUUUCUGUGCAUCAAACUUGUCUGAUUACAAUUACAUGUUUGUUAGUCCACACAUUAUAAAGCGCUACGAAAUUUGUUGGCGCUAAAUAAAUAUAGUAGUAGUAAUUCCUCAAAAACUGCAUUGUUUGACAUUGCAGGACUAAGGGGGACAGGGACUGGUAGACAGCCACUAGAGGUAGAGUUAACCCUGAAAAGUAAAUAUUGCAGUUUAUCAAAAAUAAAUUGCAGGGUCAAGGGGCCUAGGACACUGCGCCCAGACUGCUUCAAUUAGAUGAAGUGGUCUGGGUGCCUAUAGUGUCCCUUUAACCCAAGAGAUAGCAGCAAACUUAGUCCAGAAAACAGAGGCUCCCUGUUCAGAAUCUUCUUAUUCUAUCUGAUUUUAUACCACAAACUGCUGUGGUGUGUUACCAAAACUCUCUAAAUUAUGUACGCAUACCUAUAUAAACUCUGGUCCGUCUACUUUAACAAAUAUUUAUUCAGAGACAAAACAGCAACAACAUACAAAUAAUGACACACAAUCUAACUAACAUAAACGAUAACCACCACCACAAUCUAACGAACUGACAAUAACAACUAAAGCUUAUAAAGUCAUCAGAUCCCACAGUGCACCACAAUAAAAAUUAGCCCAUACCUGCUCACAUGUCUGCUCAUUAGCACAGCCAAGAAGGAACAUGGAGGAAUAGAGACAGGGGGAAGUGGUGAUCUUUCAUGACUUGUAAAGGUAUUGAAUGGCCUAAAUACCAUUUCAAAUGGUAAAACUUAUCCCCCCUGUAAGAAAGGCAUACAUGAGCAUUUGUGUAUUCAGUGUCAAUAUCUCUAAUUUCAUUCAUGAGCUUGGUCUCAUUACUCCUGGUCACCAUAAUAGUUUGACAGAAUGUCACCACAACUGCUACCAACUGUGGUUAAUGGGAUAUGUAUUUAUACUUUGGAAGAACAGGAUGACUGGAACUGCUGAAUAUACUGCUAUCAGAGUAAACUAUCAGUUUCUUCUUUAUAGAAGAAAUUAUAUCCUCUGCAAAAUUCCAGUGUGUCACAUUUGUAUAACAAGUAAAAAUAAAAAGUUGUGAAACCUCAGUACAUUCUUAGAGGAAUUUUAUCGUUUACAUUUUUAUUUAUAUAUAUAUUAUAUUAUUAUUUUUUUUUUUUUUUCAGUGAUGCAAAGCUUAAGCAAAACACCUAGUGACUGGGAAAUAGAAAAACUGAACAGAGAGUUGAAAAUCCGGUCAGUGGAGCAAGAACUUAAAUUGCUUCAGGAAGAAUGCAGAAACCUCCAAGCAGAACUUCAAAGGACAAAGGUAAUUGCCCGUGUUAAGAUAUAUGCAGUAAAAACAUGAUAUGCAUAAAAUCAUUCAUUUUUGUUUGCUAAAUUACACAAAUGGGUUCAAUUGAAAAUAUUAGUAAUUCCAAAGUGGGAGAGUGAUAGGGCUAUGUUAAAGUGACACAGUUAAAAUGGCCCUGUACAUUUAACAAAAUAAAUAAAUAAUAAUAAUAAUAAUAAAAAAAAAAUAUAUAUAUAUAUAUAUAUAUAUAUAUAUAUAUAUAUAUAUAUAUAUAUAUAUAUAUAUAUAUAUAUAUAUAUAUAUAUAUAUAAUAAUAUAAAAUGUAUUUUUUGCAGUAUUUCCUACGGACUAAAACGUUCUUUCAAACCCCUGAUAACUAUUUGAUUUGCCAGAUCAACUGUGCACGAAUAAUUUAUUUUGCUGAUGGGCAGCACAUGAAUAGUGCUGCUGAGUAGUAUGUAGCAAUCAAAUGCUGCAUGAACCAGGUCUCUACAUUGGAUUCUCUUCUAUUACGUCUUUCUCCCAUCUUUUCUUUCUGCAGUUUAUGAAUUCCACUUAAUGGAAGACAAUGUUUUUACUGUGCCGCACAAGAGCAUUCCCAAGUGAUAUUAUUAUUAUUAUUAUUAUUUAUAUAGCGCCAGCAAAUUCCGUAGCGCUGUACAGUAUAUAUAUUUCUCUCUCUCCAGAAAACCAUUUUGCUUAUGUCAAUUCUAAUUUCUGAUAAAUUGUACAGGGAGCCAUUCAUGAUGUUUGCAACAAAGUACAAUUUACAAGUUACAGAAUAACUGCAAGCUUUCUUCUGCAGAGUAAAGGGUAAAAUUUGCUUUGAGCUCUGUAAUGAUACUGUGUGAUAUACAGUAAUCAGUCACAACAUUGAAACCACGGGUGAAGUGAAUAAUAUUGAUUACAGUGAAGGGGGGAAAGUAUUUAAUCCCCUGCUGAUUUUGAACGUUUACCCACUGACAAAGAAAUGAUCAGUCUAUAAUUUUAAUGGUAGGUGUAUUUUAACAGUGAGAAAUAGAAUAACCCAAAAAUAAAAAAUCAAGAAAAAUGCAUGUCAAAAAAGUUAUAAAUUGAUUUUGCUUGUCAGUGAGUGAAAUAAGUAUUUGACCCCUUCAACUUAGUACAUGGUGGUAAAACCCUUGUUGGCAAUCACAGAUGUCAGACAUUUCUUGUAGUUGGCCACCAGGUUUGCACACAUCUCAGGAGGGAUUUUGUCCCACUCCUCUUUGCAGAUCCUCUCCAAGUCAUUAAGGUUUUGGGGCUGACGUUUGGCAAUUCGAACCUUCAGCUCCCUCCACAGAUUUUCUAUGGGAUUAAGGUCUGGAGAAUAGCUAGGCCACUCCAGGACCUUAAUGUACUUCUUCUUGAGCCACUCCUUUGUUGCCUUGGCUGUGUGUUUUGGGUCAUUGUCAUGCUGGAAUACCCAUCCAUGACCCAUUUCCAAUGUCCUGGCUGAGGUAAGGAGGUUCUCACCCAAGAUUUGACGGUACAUGGCACUGUCAAUCGUCCCUUUGAUGCAGUGCAGUUUUCAUGUCCCCUUAGCAGAAAAAUGUUUCCACCACCAUGUUUGACGGUGGGGAUGGUGUUGUUGAGGUCAUAGGCAGCAUUCCUCCUCCUCCAAAUAUGGCGAGUUGAGUUGAAUCAUAAGAGCUCGAUUUGGCCUCAUCUGAACACACUUUCACCCAGUUCUCAUCUGAAUCAUUCAGAUAUUCAUUGGCAAACUUCAGAUGGGCCUGUACAUGUGCUUUCUUGAGCAGGGGGACCUUGCGGGCGCUGCAGGAUUUUAGUCCUUCACGGUGUAGUGUGUUACCAAUUGUGUUCUUGAUUUUCCCAGCUGCCUUGAGAUCAUUAACAAGAUCCUCCCAUGUAGUUCUGGCUGAUUCCUCACCGUUCUCAUGAUCAUUGAAACUCCACGAGGUGAGAUCUUGCAUGGAGCACCAGACAGAGGGAGACAGUUAAUUUGUGUUUCUUCCAUUUGCUUGGCGGUGGUCUUGUAGCCCAUUCCAGCCUUGUAUAGAUCUACAAUAUUGUCCCUGACAUCCUUGGACAGCUCUUUGGUCUUGGCCAGGGUGGAGAGUUUGAAAUCUGAUUUGCUUCUGUGGACAAGUGUCUUUUAUACAGGUAACGAGCUGAUAUUAGAGGCACUCCCUUUAAGAGUGCUCCUAAUCUCAGCUAGUUACCUGUAUAAAAGACACCUGGGAGGGGGGCGAGGCCUAACCACCCAUGCGAAUGGUCGCAUCUCUGCAGAGCUUCCGGUCAACCGUGCCAAUAUAAGCCGCCAAGCAACAAACAGAACGAAAUAUGGGCAAUAAAAAAAACAAAAAACCCACAUUUCAGGACACCCAGGGUCCCGGAUCCAGCAAGAAAGCGGGAGAUUUUGUGAGCGCUGGUGGAGACUGAUACAGAAGCGCCGCCAUCUUCACCACGUGUCUCACCGCCGGUGAGCCUGGCGAGCUCCGACUCACAAUACUCGGCUGGGAAUCAAAUGCUACAGGAGAUCUUGCAGAACCUUCCCUCGAAAGGAGGUAUAGCCUCCAUUCUAUCAAAAUUAGAGGCCUCCAUGCAGGAAAAACUAUCCUCCAUCUCCACAGAGGUACGCCAAAUGGGGCUCAGGGUGGGAGACUUGGGAGACAGGGACAAUAUCCAACUCAAGCUGCACAACAUAGAGCAGAGACAAGACACACAGGAGUAUAAACUAGUCCAAAUCAUGCGCCACACAGAAGACCUCGACAACCGGGGCCAAAGAAAUAACCUACGUGUUAGGGGUAUACCGGAGGCUCAGGGAGAAUCCGAAGAUGUCAAGGAUACUUUAAAACCUUAUUUAACAACAUUUUACAAUGCGCCCCAGAUACCCCGAUAUUGAUUGACAGGGCACAUAGAGCAGUUAGACCACGAGGCGUGCCACAGGAGACCCCUAGGGACAUAAUCUGCAGGGUUCAUUAUUAUACCCUUAAAGAAGACCUACUCCGUCAAGCCAGGAACUCUCCAGAACUAAUUAAGUACUCCACACAGAUCCAGAUCCUGCCAGACCUAGGAUGGCAAACAGUCCAAGGGAGAAUAGCUCUAAGGCAUAUAACACAGGCACUGCAGGCAAAGGAAAUACGAUAUCGAUGGGGCUACCCAUUCUCACUUACCGCUUUGCACCAGGGAGUACAGGGCAGCAUCAUGACGGUACUUGAUGUGCCAGACUUCAUUAAAACAUUUGACAUCCCUCAAAUGGAGAUUCAGGACUGGUAUGACCUCUGGUCACAAGGAACCACACAGGCCUUACCACAACGUUCUCGAUGGAGAGGAACGACUGAGAAAAGGAGAACACCAGGAAAAAGGCUCCCUUUCACACCAGCUUCCAGACCACGGUCGGCAGUGCGGGGCACCUAACUGGACAACACAACACCCAGAGCUUAAGAUUUAAGACCUACACACCCUCCAUGCAAGGAAACCCGACGAAUGAUGGACUUUAAUCACCCCAAGAACACCAACUAACCCCAGCAGAUUGGCACAGCAUCUUUACAGCCCUGAGCUGGACAGAAUAUGAUGACACCUUUAGUAGAAGGGUGCAAGUAAAAUGUUAUACAAUAUAAAAUGCGAUAUAAGAAUAUGACACAGAUAGCUUUAUAUCGACAACACACUGUAACUACCAAGGUAGCGAAAUAACGGGACUAGGAAGUUGGGAGGAUUGACUGUCACAGGUGGCGAUGGGGAGGGAAGAGGAGGGAAGGACGAAAAACCCCCAAUUAGGGACCUUGGUCAUCACACACAUACACAAAGCUAGUAUUAAGUACAAGAGUAUUAUCUAGCUACUUCCUCAAACUUAUCCAUGUUUUUCAUUAUUUAAAAAAAAAAAAGUUUACAUUAAGAACCGAGGAUACCCCAUUGGGACUCCCAUAUAUUACUCAGAAAUAUUACCAAAUAUAGCAGAGGCCCCGGGGGGAGGGGAGAAUGUGGCAUAUACCUCUAUAAAACUUAAUUGUGCAAUGUUUACGCAUAUGUGAUGUGUAUAUACGGUUUGUAUUUUUUCUAAUUGCUUACUCUACAGGAGACGUCACCUCAUGUCAUAUACACAGGUGGGCAGCCCUACCCCCAGACCCUCCCACUAACAAAACGACCUCUAAACCCAAAUAUACUUUCAAAAGCGCUUGGCGUUAAGAUCCACGAGUAAUUGUGAACGGUUGCAGAGAACUGCAGUGCAAGACAAAACACCAGCAGACAGCUACAAUUGAAAGCCACAAUUAAUUUUGAUUUUCACAAAACAAGAAUACCUAUUACCCCGAGUAUCCAAUUACGGUUACGAGCGGUGCACUGAUGCAUGUUUUAUCCCACAAGACACAAAUUCCCGACUCCGCUACUAAAGCUGACGGUGAAAUAAUUUGCGCACCCACUCCUGAUUAGCUAGUGGAGACACUAACUAUAACAAGUGAUCUCAAGAUCUAGAAAUCACUUCUUCACAAGUUCAUUUUCUAGUUGGUUUUAUUACUUUUUAAUUUGUUUUUUUGUUACCUUUUUGUCAUACAUCACGCACACUCUCAGGUUGUCACGGCUUACAGUGACUUGACAUCAAUUGAAACCACCAAAGAAGCCUCCAUGACAACACCCAGGAAUCAUUUGGUUACCAUAGACACAAUAAAUAUACUCUCCUAUAAUGUCCGGGGACUGAACACACCGGAAAAAAGGAACAUGGCACUUCGGGAAUUUCAUAGACUACAAGCAGAUGUAGUAUUUGCGCAAGAAACACACUUCAGGGGAUCCACAGCCCCAAAAUUAACAAAUGGACAAUACUCUCAUGCAUACUACAAUAACUUUACACACAGCAAAUUGCGGGGAGUAGCUUUCCUGAUAGGAGCCAAACUACCAUUUGUUUACCAUCAACACUAUGCAGAUGAAUCAGGCCGAUAUGUUAUCCUUCAGGGUUCGAUUAGCAACUGUCCGAUAACCCUGGUUAACAUUUAUCUACCAAACACACAACAAUGCCAUACGUUCCGUAGAAUAUUAGCCAAAGUUCAACAACUCACUACAGGAACCCUAGUCAUAGGAGGCGACUUUAAGAUAUCAAUAGACGCUCAAAAGGACAGCACGGCACAACAUUCUAGUCACCUACAUCCAAUUAGAGCACAAUAAAACUACUACUAAACAGCCACCAACUAGUAGACUGCUGGAGAGCACUCCAUCCCACAACAAAAGAUUACACAUUUUAUUCAAGGCCAGCCUCCACUUACACAAGAAUAGACUUCUUCCUCACCAUACAUAGGGAUCUUUCACUGGUGACCUCGGCGUCGACUGGCAACAUCACAUGGUCGGACCAUGCCCCAAUCCAUAUGAAAUUAAGAAUUCCAUCUUUGGCUCAAGGUAAAGGCCAGUGGAAACUUAACACCACCAUCCCACAGCGAAACAGGCAAUUGCCAAAACCAUAUCCCACUACUUCCAGGACAAUACCACACAAGACACUACUCCUUUCCUUCAAUGGGAAGCCCAUAAAUGUGUAGUAAGGGGGGAACUAAUAAAAUGGGGAUCCUUUCUCAAAAAAGCAAAUAUUAAAAAAACAGAAUUACUGAAUGACAUAAAAAAAACAUGGAAGAGGCACAUAAAAUAACCAUGUCUGAAGCUGACCACCGAAAACUCUUAUCCCUCAGGUCCAAACUGACCCUCCUUCUGCAGGCGAAGGCUAAAAAAUCACUAGUAUGGACCAAGCAAUUAUUCUAUGCCCAAGGGAACAGAUAGGAAAACUCCUAGCCACUGCACUUAAGCAAAGUCAGGAAAGAAAAUUAAAACGACUAGCAACAAAACAGUUCAAACAAAUGAAGAUAGCGAAGACUUUUACCACUCUUUAUAUAACAUUACAAAGACCUCACAGGAUAAGGAGGCGAUUAAGACAUACCUAACUGACAAAUUUGACAGAGUGCUUCCCCAAGUGGUGACCAAGUCCCUAGAUGAACCAUUCACGCUCACGGAACUCAUACAACCGGUUAAAACUACCACAUCAGGCAAAAGCCCAGGCCCAGAUGGCUAUUCAGCCACAUAUUAUAAAACAUACUUGAAGGAAUUAGGCAAACACUUACUAGAAGCCAUUAACUCCAUAGGUCCAGACAAACCUAUUCCCCGACCAAGUCUAGAAGCUAAUAUCACCCUCCUACACAAAGCCGGGAAGAACCCGAACGCCUGUGGCAGCUACAGACCAAUCUCGUUGAUUAACGUUGACAUGAAAAUAUUCACGAAAAUGCUGGCACUGAGACUAAAGCCUUUACUUCCAACCCUGAUCCACCCAGAUCAGGCAGGCUUUGUCCCCUCUAGAGAGGCAAAAGAUAAUACUACGAAGAUCAUUAACCUAAUUCAUGGGGCCCAGGGGAACAAGACUCCCUCCGUUAUGUUGGCGUUUCACGCAGAGAAGGCAUUCGACAGGGUGGACUGGAACUUCCUUCUGUGGACGCUGGAGGCGUUAGGCUUUGGUAAGCGGUGGAUCAAGGUGAUCUAUUCUUACCUUUCAGCGAGGCUUAAAAUUAAUAGGAUACUAUCUGAUCCCUUUCAAAUACCGAAUGGCACAAGACAGGGGUGCCCCCUGUCUCUGUUGCUGUUCAUCCUGGGACUGGAACCCUUGUUGAAUGCGGUGAGGAACAAGCAGGGGGUGGAGGGGAUAGGGCUGGGCAAACACCAAUAUAAGGUGUCUGCUUUUGCGGACGAUUUAUUAUUUACACUUGCUAACCCACUUUCGUCCCUCCCCACAUUGGACCUUUUUAGACGAAUAUAGUGCCCUUUCAAACUUUAAAAUAAACGUUGAUAAAUGUGAGAUACUAAAUCUCACGUUGUCAGAAAGAGAUAAAGCACGACUACAAACACAAUAUGCCUUCCAUUGGGCAACAAAGUCUAUCAAAUACUUAGGUGUUAACAUAACUCCCCAUAAUAAGCUGUUAUAUGGUGCCAACUUCCCACAACUCUUGGGGGCUAUCAGUGAGGACCUAAAGGCAUGGAACAAACUGCAUUUUUGAUGGUUCGGAAGAGUAAACAGCCUUAAAAUGAAUGCACUUCCUAGGCUAUUAUUCCUAUUAAACACUCUCCCAAUCUCCAUUCUACGCACCUUCAAGAAGAUCCAAUCGUUAUUUACACAAUUCAUAUGGGCCAAAAGACGCCCGAGAAUACGAUACAACAUACUCACUAGAUCUAAGGAAGAUGGAGGAGUGGGCCUCCCGGACAUCUGGUUAUACUACCAGGCAAUUCAUUUGAGCCGUAUAAUGGACUGGUCAUAUCAGACAACAUCCAAAUUGUGGAUCCCAAUAGGACAGGCACAAAUAAGUGAAUCACCAAUGACUAUGCCUUGGAUGCUGACAGCAGCCAGGGAUUGGAUGACACCCCCCACACCCGACGGUAACUCCAACUAUACGGAUCUGGAAAAAAAUAUGUACCAUGCCAGACAUAGCCCCAACUACAUCUCCAAAAUAUCCUAUAACAAACAAUCCCCUUUUCAUAGCAGGGAAGGGAGGCCUGCAACUCACACCGCAGAGGGAUGGUAAAAAGGAAGUAGACAUAAUACUAGAUGAAGUGGUGAGGGAAGAUGGUUUGACUUCAGUCACCCAGUUAACAGAGGGGAAGGUUCCGACACUCAUGCAGCGGUUCCAAUAUGAGCAAAUGCGGCACUUCUUGAAAGCACAAGGCUUAUCAAGUUGGAUCCCAAGAGACCUAACCAAAUUUGAAAAGCUAUGCUCAGGAGAUAAAAUGCCCUCUAAGCCGACCUCCUUAUGCUACAAACUUCUUCAAACUCACAUACUCACAGUUACCAUACUUUACCAGACUAUGGAGGGAACAUUUAGACAAAGACCUAGAGGAGGGAGACUGGAAGAGUAUCUUUAAAACUAUUUUUCAUGCACACUCUAGUGUUCCACUGCAGGAGAUUAACUAUAAAUUUGUCUCCACGUGGUAUACCACCCCGGUGGAUAUAAAUAGAUUUGACCCUAACACAUCCCCUAACUGUUGGAGAUGCGACUCAGACAGAGGCACCUUCCACCACAUAUGGGGGACGUGCAGCGAAGUAUCGGGCUUCUGGAAAGAAGUUUGGAAUACUGUCAAUUUAGUAACAGACAUAACCAUAACCAUACCCUUUAACCCAGAGACACUUCUCUUAUACCACCCUAACGGCUAACUCACCAUGCCUUAACAGGUUUGGGACAGAAUGACUCCCAAGAAAAACUUUACAUACGAAUUACAAUAAAACCCUUUUACACACGAGAAACGAGGGACAUAAAUCAAUUCUAUACCUGAAUAAUUGAGGAACACCAUCAUGACUUUAACCAUACACUAUUGUUACUGAUAACGUGAAGACUCUAUGGGAUUGUGUACUGUUGCGAUGUAUAGUACCGGUUUGUUUGUUUUUCUUUUUACUUUUACUGUUACUUCUACACUGAUGUAAUGCAAUGUUGACAAUUUUGUAUUACUGUAAUACCGAAAUAUGAUGUGAUAUGCACAAAAAAGAAAAAACAAUAAAAAUAAAACAUAUAUAUAUGUAAAUAUAUAUAUAUAUGAAAAAGACACCUGGGAGUCAGAAAUCUUGCUGAUUGAUAGGGGAUCCAAUACGUAUUUCACUCAUUGAUAUGCAAAUCAAUUUAGAACUUUUUUGACAUUUUUUCUGGAUUUAUUGUUUUUCUUAUUCUGUCUUUCACUGUCUUUAGUUUGUCUUUAAACCUACCAUUAAAAUUAUAGACUGAUCAUUUCUUUGUCAGUGGGCAAACGUUCAAAAUCAGCAGGGGAUCGAAUACUUUUUUCCCUUACUGUAUAUAAUUAGGAAGGCACCUAUCAAGGGGUGGGAUAUAUUAGACAGCAAGUGCACAGUUAGUUUUUGAAUUUCAUGUGUUAGAAACCGGAAAAAUGGGCAAGCGAAAACACCAGAGUUGCUUUGACAAAGGCCAAAUAAUGAUGGCUAGACGACUGAGUCAGAGCAUUUCCAAAACGGCUUAUGGGGGAUGUUUUUCUCUGAAAAGGCAAUGUUAACAUUUAGAAAGCCUGCAGGCACAUGCUAUACUCACCACAACAAUUACAUUAAGCUGUAGUUGUUUUGGUGACGAUAGUAUCCCUUUAACUCGUUGGCUGAGAGCAAUACGUGGAAGAUUCCAUGCAGGAACUUCUGGCUGUCCUGCCUGCUAAGAAAAAAAGGAAAGAGCAGUGCUCAGCGAACUCCAUUUAAGAGUCAAACUGGUUCAAAAUGGUUAGACGUAUCUGAAAGAUUUGUGUAUUAGCAGCAACAUGCUUAACACCUACGAGCAUUAUGGAUCACAAAUUCUUCUGAUUCUUUACCACUGUAUUUAAAAUAAAUAAAUAAAUUCCACUUGCUAUGGCUGCUUUGAACAAUGUAGAAGGACGAGAAAAUGAACACUCCAGGCUCGAUGACCACUUGACCAGCUUGAAAUAGGGGUUACAGUACCAGGAGUACCCAAGAGCCCAUCCUAUUGCAAGUAGUCAAACUAUGUUUUUAAUUAUUUUGCUUUUCACCUGUGGUCCAUCUGGUGCUGCACCCUACCUCCUCUAUUAAUGGCAUAGUGAAAGAAGCUCCUAGUUCAAUAUCAGGAACGUCCAUUUGUUCUCUUGAAUCCUGUAGUGCCGUGUAAGUUCAUUGACAGAGAGCAUCAUAUAUUAGCAGCAUUCUUAGCACCGUAUAUAGAUCACAAAAUCUUUGUUUUACCCAUUUUUUUAUUUUUUUUUUUAUUUUUUUUUUAGGACUCCUCUUUGGAAAAACGGCUAUCAAGCAGACACUGUUUACAAGAGCAUGAAACAGCCAGGUACUUUGUAGUUUGCAUUCAAUGUUCAUCAAAUAUUAUGCUAAUUUUGAAAUAUAUAUAUAUAUAUAUAUAUGUGUGUGUGUGUAAAUAUAAAUUUCCAUCACUAGGGGGAGAACAAGCACUUUAAAUGUUCUGGCUGUGCAAGUACUGUAGAAAGGGAAAUAUUUUCAGCCAAGAUUAUGUAGUCAAUAAGUAUUUUUCUCCACUAGGGGGAGAACAAGCACUUUCAAUGUUAGGGAAAUAUCUGUUCAGCCAAAGUUAUGUAGACUUAAAGGAUAUGCAUUAAUUAAACAGAAUAUAUAUAUAUAUAUAAUAUACACAUUAUACAUUUAUUUAAUUAUGUACUUGAGAUCUGGUAUCCCUGUAUUUGUUUCUUAACUUAACCUAUUCCGCUGUUAUAUAUGUCCCUGUCUUAAAAGUAUUUACAUUUUUUGCAGAUAUGUUGUGCAAUUAAAUAAUUAAGGCAAACAUGUUUAGCAGUUUACUGAUUUUCGAUAAAGUCUAUUCCAAAAGCCAUGCAUAUUUUUUUUUUCAUUCUUUUUGAAUGUCAUGUGCAUUUAAAAAGGAAAAAAAAACAAACAAAACACUUAACAAUGCUGGUAGUGUGAAUCUAUUAUAUAGUGACUGUGACAUCACACAUUCUCACUGAGUUUGUAGUAAUUACUGUGUAACAUCACAAAAGGCCACACACAAGUACACUUGGGAGCUUAUAUGUGUGUAUCUAAAAAGAUGUGUAAAAUAAAGUUGUGGCAAGACUGGAAAAAGUAUGUGUAUAUUACAUUUUCUUCCUUAUUUGGUUUUCUAGGGUUUAGGUUAGAUUUAGUGUGGUGGUGGUGGUGGUGUUUUGUUUUGUAUUUGUUUUAUUACUAAAAACAUACACAUCAAACACCGUAAAAGCUACAUUUUGGAAUCUAAAAGUGUCUAUAACUUAAACUCCAGAUAUUGCUCGAUAAUUAAAAGGUACUCCUCCAACCUGAGUUUAUUCUGACAGUGGACAUGUUUAAUUUAUCAACAGUAAGAGAUGAGGUAAACUGUGUGUAAUGUAAAGCAAGGAGGAGUUUCAAAAUUCACAGAUUUACCCCAAAAAACAAACAAACUUUAGCCUUUUGCAACUAAUAAAAAAGUUUAAAGAAAUCUGCAUUUGUUUCCCCUUUUGCCUUGCCUGUUCUCCAGGAUAAUCUUCUUUGCCACGUUUUCAUAUAUAAUGAUUUCUCUUUUUAAUGGUUGCAUUUUAAACAAAAUGAACUGUGUGUGUUUCAUGCCUUUUAUAAGUGAUAUUUUAUUUAUUUAUUUUUUGCUUUCUUAAUAACCUCAACAAUCAUUUUGGCCACAUACUUUUUAUUUAUUUAUUUAUUUAUUUUUUUCCCCUCAUAUAUAUUCCAUUAUUGACAGGAAGUGGAAGAUGAUGUUAAAGGGACACUGUAGACAUUUAACUAUCUUAUUGAAGGUGCUAUAGUCCUCCCCUCUCCCUUCUUAUUCCCCAAUGCCCAAUAUUAAACUGAUUAGUAGGCUUUGAAGCAUGGCUUCAAAACACACCUCCAAGCCCUCUGGGUAUGUAAGCCUAGAAUCCUAUUUCCCGACUCUUAUACCGUAACAUCAUGAGAACAUGCGCAGUGCAGUCAAGGUCGGCCAUAGAGAAUCAUUAUGUUCAAUGAUUCUCUAUGGAGGAAUCGUAGCCGCAACAAGUGCCACACAUGCGCUUAUGUUCCACAGUACUCCUCAUAAGGAGCAUUAGGUUGGGCCAUCCUCCUGAAGGCACGCCUCCAGAAUGAAGUAACCAUCGAAGGAAGCUGUGACAGUGCUUAGGGAAACAUUGCGCUGGAGAAAAGGUAAGUCAUUUUUUUUGUUUUUAUUUUUAUACAGAUGGGACUGAGGGAAUUAAUGGGCACUAGGACCGUAGCGCUAGGAAUAUAGAUAUGUAUCCUAGAGCCUACAGUGUUCCUUAAACCAAAUAUUUUCUGGUUGUGUGAUGCAUAAGUAGUGAAUACCUGGUAAUUUUGUGUUUUGUCUGAUUAAAAUCUUAACCAGAAAAAAAUCCCAAAUUUUAAAAAUUCUUAUUUUUGUCAGAAACAUACAUAUGUGUAUGUUUAAAAGAAAGCUGGGUAAGACAUUUUUGAAAAUACAACAAAGCCCAUUUGCUGCUAGUUAUGAAAUUCUACAGGCACUUCUGUAAAUGUUCUGUUUUUGCUAAAUGUAGGAGGGCUAGAUACAUAUGAAAUAUGUAGUAUGUUUAGGAGCUUGGUAUGCAGCACAAUGAUUUAAAAAAAAUAAACACAUUCUGUUGUGUUUUUCACAAUCACAGAAUAAGUAACUGGGCAUUCCUGUAUAUCACUUGAGCAAGUCAAACUGAUAGCUUGCAAGUAACAUCACAGCAAAAACUAGGUGCUAGAUCUUUUGCAAAUAAGAAGGGAUUUCUCCAAAUAUCAGUUUCCUUUGAACAGGACUUCAGAUUGUGCUAUUUCACACUCACACUACAGAAUGUACGUAAAGAAAGAACCUCACCCUUACAAGACUGAUAUUUUCCAAGCUGUGAUACACUUCUAUCCUUGAAUAUAAAAUACAUUUAGUUGUAGCGUUGAAACGUUUUGUAACCCGUAUCAAGAGCAGGAAUUAUUUGGCAGAAAGAUUUUAUGGUAUUGAGAUUAUUUUAGCAUGUCUGCCAUACAAUUCUAUGCAUUGGAUUUAGUAGUAGAAUUUACACAAGCAAAGACAAUUUAAAAAAAAUAGUGUGUGUGUCUGUAUAUAUAAACACGUACUGUUAUGUUAUUAAUUAUUAGCACUGUUAUAUUUGUUUUAAACACAAUUUUUUAAAACUUAUUUUUGAAUACAAAAAAAAAAACUUGUCAGAUGAGUGACCUCAUAUUAACGUUGAGCAAUUAAUUCACUUGACUCUCUUUGUUUAUACGUAUUCAUUUUUUUAAAAAAUUUUUAUUUAUUUUUUUGUGGAGGAAGGAAAGUUUGUGAAUUGUGACAAAUAGACAGCAGCAAUUUUAAGCUAAUAUACACCUGGAUACAUUUCCCUCUGUGCUUUCUUUGACUGACUACAUUUUACAAUUUUUCUGUCAAUACACUAAUUUGUAAAUAAACACCUUUUCAAUGUUAAUUGUAUUUAUGUAAAAACGCGAGUGAAAAAUUAGGCUUGUCUUAAAUAAGCUUAAUUGUACCUUUUAUCUACUAAUCGAUCUCUCCACAUUGUCUGCCUCAGCAUUUUUCAGUAUGGCAUAAAUAUCACUAGUGAAAUGAAAAGCACAAAGUGAAUACUAAAAUAACUAUCGUGGAGGAAAAGAACGCACACUGUAUCUAAUGUCAAACAGCCAAUGUGAAUAGAUUACUAUACAGUGCUAUUUUGUGCUGGACUCUGGAAUAAUGUAUUACCACUUUUAAGGUAAAUUCUACAAAUAUGUGGAUGUGUAAUCUGUUACUGUAGCGGAUUUCCAAAUACACAUUGGCUUUAUAUAUACACAUAUGCAAUCUGUGAACACAAUCACAUGCUGAUAGUGUUAAGCUGUAAUUGCUCUCUAAAGCAUGAAAGGCAGCAACAGUAUUGGAAAUUAACCCAAAAUAGUAUUCUACUGAGCAGCAAAUUGAACUUUUUCUAUUCUAUUUUUUUACAUUUGUUUUUUUCUCCUCCUUCAGUGAAAGCAGCAUGCGGCAAGCAUACUGGGAGCUGAAGAAGGAAAUGUCUAAUUUACAUGUAGUGACUGAAGUACAAGCCGAGGUGCUAAGAAAGCUGAAAGGAACCAUAGCUGCGACCAAGAAAGGCAAGUCACAGUGCCUGUUGUAAUAAGGCCACUCUAAACCUCUGAUCCAAACAGUGCCAUUUAAAGAGCAACCAGCUAUCAUAUCUCAUCAGAAUCUUGCUAUUUGAGGCUGAUACGCCGGAGUAGAUUAGAGCUACUGCCUACCAGCUUUCUGGUUUGGCUUCUAUCUCAUACUGGUCAACUUCACACAUAAAGGUGUUGCUGAUGUGUGUUUUCUGUAGUGCUGUAUGCUGUUCCCCUUGUGGCUUAUUUUCUCAGCCAGCUUAAGUGUACAAGGCAGAGGUGUUAACAGUUUAUUUCUAUUUGACCUUUUACCAUAUCUGCCUCACAUAAAAACAAUGCAGACAUUUCACAUCCAAAAUGCCAAAUGCUUCCUUUCUGUAGGUUCUCGUGUGGAAUCAUUUUAUAGUCAGAUAAUCAAAAUAGGUUAUUACAUUUUUUAGUUGGUAAAAACAAACAAACAAAAAAAAUCUUACUUUUACUUUUGUUUGAAGGGGGGGGGGGGAAAAAGCAAAUACGCAUUUUCUGCUGUUUGUUUUUAUGUUCAGAAAAAAAACAAAUAUCCAGAACAGUAACAAACUGAUGUAGUUUGUGUGUGUUUUUAUUUAUAUUUAUAUAUAUAUAUAUAUAUAUAUAUAUAUAUUAUUAUUUUAUUAAUUUUGGACAGCUUUGAGAAUGGUGAGGAUUUCAUGUUCUUCAUUGGGGGAAAAAAAAAAAGCUUAAAAAAUAAAUAAAGUUUUUUAUAUAUAUAUAUAUAUAUAUAUAUAUAUAUAUUAUAUAUUUUUAUAUAUAUAUAUAUUAUAUAUAUAUAUAUAUAUAUAUAUAUAUAUAUUAUAAUCUUUUUUUUUCCUCUCAAUUUAGUUUUUAAAUUAAGCUUGGUGAUUCUUAUUUAAUAUUCUGUGUGGGAAAAUGUAUUCACUGCUAGAACUAGUUUCACUUCCUAUCCAGUAUCCCUGUAGUGCAUUUUCAGCUGCUAUGUCAUUUAUAUUGUUUUAUUAUUCAAUAUUGUUUCAGUUUCCAUCUUGGCUCUAUGUCAGUCAUUUUAUAAGCUCUGCCUUUUGCACCUGGCAGUCCGCAUAGAGAAAGCAUGCCGAGGAGAGGAUAAAUUAAAGUGUUUCUAUUUCUCCUCCUCAUUUGCAAUGUGUGUCCUGGAUGUGCUACUAUUAUAAUUUAUUUAUAAAACACCCCAUUCUGCAGUGCUGAAGUGGAUUAUGAUUUAUAAAAUAUAUAUAUAUAUUUUUUUUUUUUUUAAGUCUUUCAUGUAAAUUUAAAAGUUGGGGAAAAAAGUUUACACAAGUUAUAAGCAAUUUUCAGUUUUUAUUUAAUGGUGCAAUUUCCAUAGAAGUUACCAUUUCAGUUUAAGCUUCUAAGCCAGUUCCCAUUGUAACCAUGAGGCAAUUAUCUCAAAAGCUGCGAAAUGCCCAUAGUUUAAUAAAUCCUCCAAGUGCUUCGUUCCGUUCUCAUUUAUCACUGUGAGCCUCCAUAUGCAAGUAUUUUAUGUUGUUGGAGUUAACUCUGGGCCGUUUAGCGAUAUCUUAAGAGAAUCAAAAUUUUGGGGAAAAAAAAACAUUUUACAACUUGGAAUUAAGGGAAAUGAAUGUCAAAAAAUUUAGUGUUGAACAAAACAUUGAUUAUUGUGAAGUGUUUUUUGUUUCUAAUUCACAUGAUCACUUUUGCAGCAUCACAGAGUGCCCCGGUGCAGUGUGAAGAUGACUUGGCUAGGAACUGCAGUGGAUUACAUUUAACUGCUACUGGUAACAAAGUGCCCUUCGCCCAUGAACACAAGUUUGAACAUAGCAGGAUCUCCAUAUCAGGACCUCCACCGCACUCAUACAAGAACACUCUUUAUGAAAAGACUGAACUAACAUCACAUGCAGGUGAAAGGCCGAUUCCAGUUGGGGGAACAGACUGUGACAAUGUUGAUUUUUUUCCAAAGUCGUCUUUAGAAGAAAAUUCCUGGGUAAUGCCAAGUCCUCCAAAGCCUAGCGAAACAUUAUUUUGGGAACCUAAAAAUAAUUCUAUGGCAAAUAAUUUAUCACAGUUCUAUAAUCCCAACUACCCAUUUAAAAGCUAA